AUGUUUACGUUUCCAACAGAUCAAAAUCUAAAAAAAAAGUGGGAAACGUUGCUUCGAAGAGCAGACAGGCAGCCAAAUCGAUUCUCCGUGGUCUGUGCAUGCCAGUUUGUUAAUAGGAAUAGAGAAAACCUUCCUACCUUAUUUAAACGGAAUAAUUUCCAGUUUUCUCCACCUCCUCCAGAAGUAAGGAAAAGGCAGAAAAAAAUUGUAAUAAAUCAGGACACACCAGUUGCUCAAUCGACAAAGGUUGUAGAAAAGUGCACGAGUGAACCCAAAGCCUCCACUUCAGAAAGUACAGUGCUGUUACAAUCAGAAGCUUACUUCCGGGAGAAAGAGAUGGCUGAACUACAAUCAAAAAUUGCGAAUGUUUCUGUGGCAUUUGGUUACCACACAGUAAAAGACAAUAACAAGCUUGUUGCGUUAUAUACUGGACUACCCGAUGCUGAAAAGUUGUGUAAGGAAGAUCAAUUACUGCUCACUUUAAUGAAACUGAAACUAGACUUAAUGCAAGUAGAUUUGGCAGUGAGGUUUGGUAUAUCGCAAAGCACUGUAUCCAACAUCAUCCUUACGUGGAUACACGUGCUCAAGGAAUGUCUUUACGAUAAAAUAUUAGGCAAAUCUCUUCCGACAACCUCAAAAAUUAAAACCUGUUUACCUUCUGCGUUUGCUACGUUCACAAACUGCCGCAUUAUAAUAGAUUGUACUGAAAUUUAUACUGCAGUAGCUGGCCAGUUGGAUAAGCAAAAACAAACCUACAGCAAUUACAAGCAUAGGAACACAUUAAAAGCUUUAGUUGGGGUUGCUCCCAAUGGAGUAAUUAUAUUUGUUAGUGAUUUGUAUGCGGGCAAUACCUCUGACAAAGAAAUUGUACGAAACUGUGGAAUAUUAGAGUUGUUGCAAGCAGGUGAUUUAGUCUUAGCCGACAAAGGAUUUUUAAUAGCAGAUUUGUUACCUCCAGGUGUUUCCCUAAAUAUUCCACCAUUUCUAAUGAAUAGACAGUUUACUCCAGAAGAAAUUAAACAAACAAUGGCUAUAGCUAAGGCCAGGAUUCAUGUAGAGAGAGCGAUUCAAAGAAUAAAAAUUUAUAAAGUUUUACAUUUCAUACCUGCAGCAUUAAGGCCAUACAGUAGUGACAUUUUUAAAGUGUGUGCAUGCUUGGCGAAUAUGAACUACCCACUUAUCAAGGAAGUUGAGGAACAGUACAAUUUAGAAUAA